GCAAAAAACAGUGACAAUGUAGACAAAAUAAGAAAUGCAAUUUGGGCCACAUAUUAUAAUAGAGCAUCUACAAAGAAGAAUCCACAACAUAAUCUGUGUCCCACAGGACCAGGCAGUUACUGUGAAUAUGAAAAAACCAAAGUAUUGAAAGAAAAGUAUAAAUUCAAGCCAGGUUUUUCUCCUAAAAUUUGUGAUGUCAUUAAACCCAUUUACGAGGACCACCAGGCUGAGUUGUUAGAAAGAUGUCUUGGGCCUUUUUUUCAAAAUAUGAAAGAAAGUUAUAAACAAAUGGUGUGGAAAAUUGCUCAAAAAUUCAACAUGGGAAGCACCAACAUUGUGGAAAUUGCAGUAAAUGUUGGUCUGUGUUUAUUUAAUGAGUCACACCUUAAUAGGCAUCCUUUAUGAAUUGGGUCUCACAAUUGACAGUCACUGUAAAACAGAAUGUCUCGAUAGGGAUGUUCAAAAAAUUCAGCAGGCUGAAAAAUGAUCUCUUCAAGCCACCAGGGAGUAUAGGAUUGCUCUGAGGCAUUCCAAACUUGAUACUCAAGAUCAGCAGAAACAAGAGGAAGGGCAGUUUUAUGGACCUAGGAUUGACUCUGACUGAUUUUUUCUCUGCGCUGUAUCGUGUCCACUAUCAAGAUCCGCGCUAUUUUGCAGCUGGUUAAAUCAAGAUUUACUGCCGGACAUUCCUGUUGUGAUAUUUUUUAUCUGAAUUUGUUUAUAUGUAGAUUAAAGUUAAAAGUAAAGUGUGUGAAAAAUUUGCACUGCUACCUUCCCCCAAACAUUUUCUAUGAAUUUUUAAAGAAAGGCUAUGAUAAAGGCUAUGUCAUACUGUACUGCCCACCCUUAACAUAACCAUAUUUGGGGAUAUCUAGGGGAAAGACCGAAAAACGUGUGCAUAGUGGUGAAAACAGAACGGGUGUUAGAGAUAAACGGCUUAUACAAAGUCAAAAUUGUGAGAAGCGAUGAGGAGGAUCGUUGAAGGAGAUCGAUAGUUGCCUUUGAUGUGGGUUGUACGAUAAUUUGUCGACUUGUUAUUUACUCAUUUUACUAAUUUUAGUAAUUACAGUGAGACCCCACUUAACACUGUUUCAGUAUUACGCGGUAGUACUCGUAUUUGUUUUAUAUGUAUGUAAAUGAAGCGAGCAUGCACCAACCAUAAACAGUUCACUAUGCAGCGACGGUGCACAUUAUGUAUUAAUGUUUCCGAAGAUGAGAAGCAAAAGAACUUUCAACGGACUUUCCAAAAAAAAUUUUAACCGGUAUAACGGAAAGGUCGAAGGGCGCCGAACCCUUCCAACAAAA